AUGGAUCCCAUCCUAGAUGGACUAAAUCAUGCGCAGCGCGAGGCUGUAACCUCAUCCGGCUCAAUUUUACAAGUACUCGCCCCUCCAGGCUCCGGAAAGACAAAAACCUUGACAGCGCGCGUCGCGUACCUUCUCUCGCACCAUGGAUACCAACCCCAAGAUGUCAUCUGCUGCACAUUCACAAUUAAGGCCAGUCGGGAGAUGCGAGAGCGGCUUGCAAAGCUCAUUGGUGGAAAAUCCGAAUCGCGCUUGAUUCUGGGGACUUUUCACUCGAUUUGUCGGCGGUAUCUGGUUAAAUAUGGGUAUUUGAUUGGUCUGCGGAGGGGUUUCGGUAUUGCGGAUUCGGAUGAUACACGCGCUAUAAUCAGACGGACUAUCAAACGACUCAAGUCGAGCAUUGAACCUAAAGCGGCUCAGGGCCGUAUCUCACGCCACAAGGCACAUGGCCGCAGUCCCGAAGCUGUGGCUGCAAAAGCUAAAGCAGAGGAGCAGGAAAUUGUUGAUAUCUAUCGUGACUAUGAAUCAGCUUUAGCGGCUUCCAAUCUCUUGGACUACGAUGACCUUCUUCUGCGCUGUGGGGAUCUACUUCGUGAGCAUCCACAGUGUGUUUCCAAUGUUCAAGCUGUGCUUGUGGACGAGUUCCAGGAUACCAACAUCAUUCAGUAUGAGUUGGUGAAUCUGUUUGCGUCGAAGAAUAGACGCAUCACUAUCGUUGGUGAUCCUGACCAGAGUAUCUACGGCUUUCGUUCUGCGGAAAUUGCGAAUCUCAAGCGAAUGCAGCGGCACUACUCCAACACGACGGUUGUUCUCUUGUCAGACAACUACCGAUCUUCAGCGUCUAUCUUGAACUCGGCUCAAGAAGUUAUCGAGCAGGAUACGAGCCGGCCAGCUAAGGCACUGCAGGCAACUCACUCGUUCGGAACCUUGCCGGUGUUGAGAAAGCUUCCAACCCCCGGCGCAGAAGCCAAAUGGAUGGUUCUUGAAAUCAAGCGGUGUGAAGCGAUGACUGGUGGUCUGUUGCGCAUGUCUGAUUUUGCUGUCUUGCUUCGAUCGGCUUCGCUGUCUACACAAAUUGAGACAGCGUUUGGAAGAGCAGGAAUACCAUACAAGAUGGUCGGAGGGCGCAAGUUCUUCGACCGGACUGAAGUCAAGAUUCUUUUGAAUUAUAUGAGAGUUGUCAGUCACACGGGGCAUUCGGAUGCCUUGUUGAAUAUUGUCAAUGUUCCACCUCGAAGGAUCGGUGAUGAGACGAUCAAGCAACUUACGGGUGGCGCGGACAAGGCCAAGGUUCCACUGUGGGACUUCAUCAAAGAUGUCGUUCGGGGUCGUCGUUCGACAGAGAAGAAGCUUCAAAAGGCGGCAGAGCAGGGACUAUGUAGUCUAAUGAAGCUGAUUGAAGCUUCGCGGCAAAAGUUGCAGGACUGUGAGGAUGCAUCAGCUCCGCGUGUGUUGAUCGAGUUCAUCACGGAGCGUCUCUCCUUCCAGGAAUACCUCAUCAGGGCGUAUCCCCUCGACGAAGACAGUCGCUGGGCGAACGUCAAGGAACUGAUGCACCAGGCUACCGAGGUCGCAGCUUUUGAAGAGGAGGAGGUUGACAAAGAAAUGGAUCUCCCUGAGAUCGAAGGCGUGGAGCAACAACAGGCACAUGCAGGCGAAGAGGCACUCACGCGCUUUCUGGCGAAUGUUGCGCUAGCCACCGAGAUUACCACCAAAGAUGAGGAGCAGGAGGGUGAUCAACCCAAAGAAAAAGUCACCAUCUCGACCAUUCACGCUGCGAAGGGGUUGGAGUGGCCUGUUGUCUUUGUUCCUGCUGUGUACAACGGAAGUAUCCCGCACUCGCGCGCAGAGGUGGUUGAGGAAGAGAGACGAUUGUUGUAUGUGGCGAUGACCAGAGCUCAGGCACUGCUAUACCUCAGUCUCCCGAUUCGGCAGCCCCGGCUAGGUGAAGGAGAGGAUGGGUCGACGACUUUAACACCCUUCCUUCCACCUAAGUUGGUCACCAAUCGUUUCCGAUUAACAGGACCUCCACUUCACGAGAAAGCGGUAUAUUCCAUUGCGGAUAUCUUGCGUCGUCCUCGCCCGUCUCUCGAGGACAUGUACAGGGGGCUUGCCCUCCUUCCAUCGACGCUGGACGACCGAUGGACACCCGAGGGGGAAGAAGACCGCACCAAGUUUGAUGGUACAUCUGCCCGGGAUGUUGAUGAACCAAACCCCAAACGACGCCGGUCAGACAUGCAUCAAGGCCCAGGCUCGACUACCUACAUGUCCUCGGCCGGGUAUACUAUGAAUAACUCGACCCAAUUUACAGUUCCCACCACAGUUUCAUCAGGCUUCACAUCCGCCCGAGACUACAUUACAGCCAACCCAGAACCGCCCGUGGAGUCAACCUCCAAGUCUAAGCCUCCUGCAGACGUAGCAGUGGCAAGCAAGCCAAGUGCAUCCAGCAGUACCCGGAAGGACGGCCUCACACAGGCCAGCAUCUCCAACUUUUUCGGUGGGCCAGGGCUCCAGAAAAGAGAGCCCGUCAUAGCCAGCCGUGCCCAGCCACAGCCACAACCAUCCCGUAGGUACGGGCAACCGGCUCAGAGCCAAUAUCUUACGCAAAGCGUUCCACCGGCCCUGUCCUCGCACCGCGUGCAGCAACGACCACUUCAGCCAUCCCGGCCGACGCUGGAGCCCACCAAUCCAAAUGGCUACACGUGGAUGGCGGCUCCAUCAAGGCCAGGACCAAAACCCAGGAUGUCGAUGACGCAGGAACGGACCGGGAACAAUGUUUCUGCAGGGACCGCAGGGACCGGGGCGAGCGAGGCGAAACCCGAGACAUCCACCCGAGGAUUCCAGGCCGUGUCGACGUUUCACACGACGACCAUGUCGAUGGUCCAACAAGCACCACGCCGGACACUAGGCAUACGACGGAGCAUGAAUGGAUGGCAAGAUCGGAUGAAGCGAGAUGGCGGUGGCCAUGUGAGCUAA